AUGGAAUUUGUCCAAGAAGAUGUUGCACUUGAAUUUCACGACAAGAUAGUUCGUAAUGACUUUGAAGCUUGUGAACUGCUAUUGCGUGAUGGUUUUAAGCCAGACGAACCUAUGCGGUUUACGACAAGAUCAGUGACUUGUAUCAACAGGGAACUCGUUUCAAGGGAAUUAAUAGCACUACCAUUGCACGUUUCUUGCAUUUACCGGAGACCAGAAAUUGUCUUACUGCUUUUGCGACAUGGUGCUGACCCAAAUGGUGUUGACAAGCUAGGGAGAUGUCCUUUGCAACUUACACUGAGCUAUUGGCCUCGUCUUAUGUAUUUCGACCCAAUACCAAGUAGUUUUACUAAAGAGGAGAUUGAGUACCAAACAUAUUUGAAAGUUCAACACGGGAAAAGUAAGACAAUUCUGGAAGCACUCUGUACGUCUGGAGCUAAUGUAAAUGCUGCGUUUAAUCAUCGUGGAAGCACCGCCCUUCAUCAUAGCGUUCAAUACAACGUUCUUCCAGCAAUUCCAAUACUACUUCAGUAUGGUGUGAAUCUUGAGGCGUCAGAUGAUAACGGGAUGACUCCCGUGCUGACAGCUGCCAAACUGGGACGUUUCCGAGCAAUGGAAACGUUAGUCCAUCUCGGAGCUGAUAUAAACGCAAAAGAUUCUCGUGGGAACACAUUGGUUCAUUAUACGACCAGUGCUGAUUCUUCGUCGCAGUCUGAAUGGGUAGAAUUUUUGCUCGCCCAGCCAGAUUGCAAAGUGAACGUCCAAAACGUCGAUGGAAACACACCUCUCCAUUUCAGCUGCAUGAGCGGAAGGGAAAGUGCCAUAUUCAUGCUUAUAAAUGCAGGCGCUACUAUCGAGGCAACCAACAACCAAGGACAGACACCUUUAUUUCUAUGCCUUUUAAAAGAUGUCACUAGCUGCUCCAAUGCAAUCGAGAAACUACUGAACGAGAGUAGACAAGUCAACAUUAUUGACCACAAUGGUAACAUCCCAGGACCGUUGACAUUAGAUGUAAAUAAGAAGCUGAAAGAAAUACUUGUGGAUGCGUCAACCUUCCCAAACUCUUUGCAAAAUCUCUGCCGAUGGGCCGUGCGUCAGUCGGUGAGAAACAACCAUAGAGAGUUAGCCGAAGCAUACAACAACCUCAAUCUUCCAGUCGCCAUUGAGAACUUCGUGUUGUUCAAUACUAAACUUUUUGAACGACUAUAAUUGUCAGAAGUAACGUUAACUCAGUAUUGUCCCAAACAACACACUGUAUACUUAAAUUGAAAAUAUUGUAGAGUGGAGUAUUUGUAAAGAGUGUGAUAUACCACUGCUUCGUGUUACAUACGCACAUAUCACAUAUGGGAAGUAGCGCACAAAGAAUGAUGAUAUCGAUAAUAUAUUAAAAGAUUUAAGCCCAGUACUAAAAGAAUUUACAUGCAUUUAAGCACGAAUGUCUUGUACCAGACUUUGAGGGAUUGCAGAAAAUAAGGCAUGAGUGCAUUACAUCACACACAAUUCAUUGAGUCAUGUGCUUAAAUUCGUUUCACGCAUUGCAAAAUGGUUUUUUUAAUAUGAAUAAAACAAUGCAGUUCAACCAGGAAAUUUUUGCAAGGGUUUCCCAUAGUUGGACCUCCUUCCUUUCUGUUCAUUAAGAUGCUUUUAUAUCAUAAUUUCUGAAAUAAUCAUAUUUGGGUGAA